AACCUCUCAGACCCCAAACGAAAAUUGGGUCUUACUCUCUCCUCUUAGACCCCAAACCCCAACCUUCUCUCCGUAAGUCUCUCCACGGUGGGGCGGGGAAUGCAUUGAAGAGUUUGCAGCAAUGGCGGACUUGAUGGUUCGUAGUUGGGGCAGGGGUCAGAUCACUCUCUCUUGAUGAUGAUGAGCCCACCUUGGCUAACUCUCCUGGUUUUGACGAAGAUGAGUCCAUCGUUGACGAUGAGGAAGAGCGAAAUAGAUAAUCAGGGAAGUUCUCUCUUCCAUGUUCCAUUGACUAUUGCCAUCAAAUUAAAACCAAAGAGAAGGGAAAAUAGUCUACAUUUUACUCAUACAAAUGUCAUAUCAAUGGCUUUGCCACCAACCUCGAAGAGAAAGAGGCAGCUGAAAUUGAAAGAAAAUAGCUUUAGAGGCGGUAAGAUUCGUGGACGCUUAGAGAAUGUGUAUCGAUGGUGAAUGGAGUCAAGGAUCCGAGCGUUAUUCGAUUCGAGGAUGUAGUCUCGUUUUACCUUUUUAUGGUUUUACAUGUAUUUUCCGCAUCUCUUAUGUAAUGUCUUUUUAUUUUUAAUCAUGUUUUGUUUUAAAGACAAUGGGAUCCCAUAUCCUUCUUAGUAUUUUAUUUUGUAAGUAACUCAUAUUUUUACAAGUUACUC